AAUAAGUUCAAGCGCACGAAAGGUGAGAAUAUUUCUUCGGUUGUUUCCCGUGACGUCUCGGAAGAUCUGGUCGUGUCCACCAUCCACCACCGCAGACCGCAUACCUCCAAGCCAAGUCGCGCCAGCACCAGCAGCAACAGCACCGCACAGAGAGCGAAAGUUACCUUCGAACUACCGUCGGUACGACCAGCAGCUCUCCGAAGAAGUCUUCAGUGCUGGACAUGCGGGCUCAGUGUGCGCGCGCGAUACCAAUUCUUCGUCUGUGAAACGCGUGUCGUGUGAUUUGCCUCAGCAGUGUGGCACUCAGAAGGCCGACACCAUUCACUGACAUAUACACAUAUAUAGGACUGGGACUCAACCAGGUGCAAUCAUGAAGGGCUUCAGCGUACUCCUCAUCGCCAUCUUAUUACCCACCUUUCUGGCACUGCCUUCAUCAGAAUCCAAAAAAUACCAUACCAAGGGCUCGCUGGUAAUAGCGCCUGAACCAGGCCAGGAAUUCGUAUUUGUGCAGUCCUCUGGAGCAGGAGCUAGGCCUGUAGCGCGUAAGGACAAGACUGAAACGGCGGCAGGAGGUGGAGGACCUUUCGAAACUGCUCACAAAGUGCCUUCCAAGCUGACCUUCGCGUUAUCGGAGGACGACUGCGAAGAAGUCAAAGGAAAGGGAAAGAAGGUGCAUAAAAGACAGGCACCGGCACCAGCUGGAGCGAUCAAAUUAGAUGUCAAAAAACUAUUGGCAAAGUACCAAACUGAGCUAAAAACUCCUACCUCUACCGCUAAACCAAGAACAACAACAACAAGAAUUUCAAGACGUCGCACCACAACCAAGGCUCGUGUGAAGAAAGAAGCCAGAGUAGACAAGGCUUCUGUAACAAGCCCCAGACCGGUCCUGACUACUGGAAAGCCGAAUUCGAGGAAAGAAGAUGAUGAGGGAUUAAUUGAGGCACCCAGUGGAAAACAAAGAUCCAGGAUUCAGAUCAAGAAAGGACCCAAUGGACAGGAGUAUGAAUACGAGUACGUUUACUACUAUUAUGAUGAUGAGGAUGAUGGCAAAGACAAAAAUAAGAUAGUAAAUGGCCACGAUGGUCCAGCAAAAAAUCAGAUAUCUGCUGAAAAAGCAACUCCAGAAGCUAACGAAAUUGUACCUCGCGGUUCCAAGACAAGGGGUCGACAACUAGGCGAAGAAGAAACCGUUAAUGAGGAACGAUUACCUGCAAAUACAAGGUUCCCUCCAAGGAGUCGAAAUCUGAACACCACUCCUUUACCGGAAGAGGAAGUUAGGACUACAAGAGGAAGGGCAAGAGGUAGACCAAGUACUGAAGGACCUGUGUACAAUGAGAGUGACAAUAUAUCUGAUGAAACGCAGGGCACCAGUCGCGGUCGUACCCGUGCCAAUGUCCGCCGUCCAUCGUUGGACCUGGUUGACAACGACAGCUUCAACUCUGCUGGCGCCGUAGGCGGCACCAAACCGAACUUCCCAUCCCAGCUGCCCGAAGGACCGGUACGUUUCUUGGGAGCCAUCCCCAACGAGCGGAUCGAUCUGUCAGAACCACAAGAUGCCAAGCAAGAAACAGUAAAACCAGUAACUGAAGAUCCCAAAGAUGACAGCACUGGUGCAUCUAACGAUGAAACAACCACAACGAUGUCUCCAAUGGACAAAGUGGCCUUGGAUUUGUACGCAAUAUCACAAGGAACCCAGAAGUUGUUCGGGGAGGAAGGAGAGAGCAGCACUGAUGUUGAUGGAACUACCAUUUUAACUACUACAGAAUAUUCCGAACCCGAAACAACGCCCACCACUACAACAACAACCACUACGACAACCACCACCCCAGCACCCACGACUACAACCACAACUACUACUGAAGCUCCAGCUGGUCCAUUUGGAAGAGGUAAAUUUGGAGGAAACAGGCGACCUGGAGGCGGCAGGAAGGGUGCGCAUACCACCACCACAACGACAGAGGCACCUCAAGAGCCGACCAAGAGGGGGAAAUUUGGACGACCCAGUUUUGCUGGAGCGCGAGGUAGGGGUAAAGGUUCCACGACGCAUGCACCUGCAGUUCACGAGGAGGAAGUGAAGAAGGAAGAAAAAGGCAGUCAAAGCAGAACGCCUCCACGUAACUCCCGAUUCGGUGCUUCCCGACCCCGAGGUCGUACCACCACAGCUCCCUCAGACUUAGCUAAGGAAGAGUCAACAACAGCAGCGAGUACUCACCACAGACCACAACCGUCUAGAGCAAGGCCAGGGCUCAAUUUGAGGCCAAGAGGAAGAGGUACGACCACGGCAGCACCUACAGACGAAGGGAAGGAAGAAAGUUCUCCAGCUCAAGACGUAAGCAGUACCACUGUGAGAUCAAGGAAGGUGAACUCAGCUCCAGGUAUCAGACCUCUAAGGCCGGGACCAAGGAUAAACUUGGCCGGUAGAGGAAGAGGCGCUAGCACAACGACCACAGAAGCUGCAGCUGAGGAUCACGUUACAGGAGAUGACGAGCAUGAGACUACGCAACAGGAAGCUAGUGAAAAGGAAGAAACUCCAACCGCCCCUGCAGACAAUGGCCCACUAUCCAAGCUGAAAAACAAGGGCAGACUGAAUGUUCAAGCUAGGCCCAAGCCUGCUGCAAGUGCACCAGUACAGGUUCGAAGGGUGAACCCCCUAUUAGGUCGUCGUCGACCGGGGCAGACGACAGAGACAGCUCCUGCAACCCUUUCUAGCGAAGCACCGGCACCAGUUACCGAUCCUGCAGAGGAAGUAGUUGAGACAGAAGCGCCUAGCUCAACAACGACAACCGAGGAGCCGAGAGGGCUGAACAGACAUGCACAGUUCAUUUUGAAAUGGCACCGCGCAAAACCAGCAAAGCCCAGAACCGCCCGGAGUAGUCAUUCCCGCUUCCAAAAGAUGUCUACCCCCCGCCUCCCAAAGCGGCAAGUGAACAUGAUGUUACCUGUUGUGUUAGUUGGGUUUUUGUGUUAUCUCAAAAGCGGCUAAAAUGAUUUUAAUGAGGCGUCGAAUGAUAUUUUUUCAAAUCGGUGCAGUGAGGGUGGAUGGAUGUGAGGGACUGAUCGGAGAUAUUAUUGUUAACACCUCAUGGCCUCAAGAAUACUGCAAAGAUGGAUGGGUCUAUGACGAGUCAGUAGUAUUUUCAAGUAUUGUUAUCGAUUUCGACUUAGUAUGCGAAAAGGACAUCUAUCCAACCUUAGGCCUUGUGGCAUUGAAUAUAGGAGGACCGAUUGGAGUGUACACGUUUGGAAGACUCAAUGAUUCUAUAGGAAGAAAGAAGUCGUUUUUUCUUUGUUUAACUACGCUUUUGGUAGGGAGUGCCCUCACUGUUACUGCACAAAACUUUUGGUGGUGGGCUGGUAGCAGAGUGAUUGUGGGAUUGACCAUUCCAGCGAUGUACCAAAUUCCGUUUAUAAUAUCUUUAGAAUUGGUGGGUCCAAACUACCGGUCAUUCGUCACAGUUACUACCUGUAUGUUUUAUACAUUCGGCCUCAUGAUGCUGGCAGGCAUAACCUAUUUGAUCAGGGAUUGGGUUACACUGGGCGUAGCCACGUCAGCACCAUUCAUCCUGUACUACUUAUAUUGGUUCGUCUUGCCUGAAAGCCCGAGAUGGUUACUAGCAAAAGGCAGAUUUGAAGCAGCCUCGGAGAUACUAGAAACGCUGGCUAGGGUCAAUAAGAAGGAGUUACCGGAGAGCUUCAAGCACAACUUGAAACAGAAGAUUAUGUGUAAGAGGACCCUCAGUGAGGAAGAGAAGAUUAAAAGGAACGCAGGAUGUAUGGAUCUCUGUGGUACACCAAACAUGCGGUUGAAGACUACCCUUAUAACUAUAAACUGGUUCGCCAACGAAACAGUCUACGUUGGUUUGAGCUACUACGGACCUUCUUUGGGGAGCAACGAAUAUCUCAGCUUUCUUCUCUCUUCAGCAGUGGAAGUUCCCACGUAUUUAGCAUGUUUGCUUAUUAUGGAUAAGUGGGGUAGAAGAUGGCCUAUCUGUACUUGCAUGUUGAUAUGCGGAUUUUGUUGUUUAGCUACUGUUUGGAUACCAAGUGAUGAUACCGAAACGACGCUAGUUCUUUUCCUAGUAUCAAAAUCUGCAAUAUCGGCAUCAUUUCUGAUAAUCUACCCAUUUGCUGGAGAACUAUAUCCCACUCAGCUAAGAGGGUUGGGGAUUGGAACGUCGGCAUACAUUGCGGGUCUUGGGCUCAUUAUAAUACCCUUUAUAACAUAUCUGGGUUCAGAGAUGCUAAUUCUACCUUUGAUCAUCAUGGGUGUAAUAUCAGUAAUUGGAGGCUUAGCUGGACUGCGCUUACCUGAAACCCUGCACCAUCGACUACCCAAUACCAUUGAAGAGGGUGAAGAAUUUGGUAAAAAUUUCACCAUGGCUGAUUGUUUCCGAUGUAUACCUUUAAAGCCCGGAUCAUCAGUAACUGGUUCAUACGAAGAUCUAGAAUUAAGAUCGCCGCCCGUAGAGUUACCAACAGAGAAAACUCCACUGGAGGGCCCCUCAAUCAGAAAAGUGUCGAUCAAAAAACUAGUUAGGCAGCAAAGUGUUAUGGAUACUCAGCGUGCCUCAGAUGGCACAAUGCAAAUGACUUACUGGUAUUAAGCUGGUUCAUCACACCAUUCAUACUUCAAAGAGUUACGUACAAGAGGUACCAUUGAUACAUGUCGUAUGAUGUAUACCGUAAGCCGUUCACUACUAAUAUUAGAACUAUGAAAUACAUUCAAAGUUUGUUAUAUUAGCGUUUUCUUUUGAUCUUUCUGUGUUUAAUGUGUCUUAACCGCAUACGA